UACUUACUUGUCUGUCAUAUUGUUGUUGUUAGCUUUCAUGUUAAUUAUUCUUGUUGAAUAUAAUCAUGAAAGUUUGUUAAGAAGUUAACGAAUACAACCAAUUUUAAAAUGGGAUCUGAGCAAAGUAGCCAGUCUUCAAAAGUUCAAAAUGUACAUAAAUCUGGAACCAAAAUGAAAGAACAUCAGCGAGCAAGGAGUUCAUCUCCAGGCCCAUCUAUAAGUUCCGAUUCAGAUAUUCCUUAUAUUUCCUACACAGUGAAUAGACCGAUUGGAGAUUCUCCGAAAUUGCCAUCUAAAAGUCCAGCUCACAGUUUACGUGCUUCGGCCACACCUUCUCCUAGAUCUUCCCCUAAAGCACCCAGACCUAAAUCUUAUGCUGGAUCAUCAUCAGGGCAUGAUAUUGUAGUUGUCAAAGAAGGAGCUCCAAGUAUGGAUACAUUGGAGACAGAUGCAGAGCUGAUUCGCAUACAAAAAAUUCCAACAUUUCUUCCAAUAAUGAGAGGAGCUUUGAAUAUUCCUACUAUACAUGAUCCAGAAGUACUGGAUAAACUGGAUUAUCAGUGCAUUUUACGAUUGUGUCGAAGGUACCAAGAUCAUCUGAAAAUGUGUGCAGAAAUAGUCAGCACUGAACAAAAUGCUCUAACCCAGAGAAUACGAGAGAUUGAUUUUGCUAUUACCACUUUGACAAAUAUGUUAACAGAACGACAGAAGAAAUUUGCCAAAUAUGCAGAACAGUUAGGAAAAGUGCAAGAGAUUUCUAACAAUUUGCAAAGGUGCCAAACAGGACUGAAAGAUAUUAUUAAAAAUAUGGAAACUUUGAAUAAUAUGCUGCCUCCUGAAGAGAGGCUUGAACCUUUUGUCAUGGUAACAGGAUAGGAUUGGGAAAGUGAAUGCGAUGAUGCAUUCACUUCCUUAUUUGAAUCUGAAGAAUCUUGAAAAGCAACUACCUAUCAAUGUGUCAUUAUUUCCACUAUUUCCACUGCAACAUACAAGUUUCGGCUUUUUAAUAUAAUAAAUUUCAAUAUUUACUGUUCUGAUUCCAUAAUUAUGAAUUUUAAUAAAAAAUAUCUAAAAUACAAAUUGAUAUGCUGUAAGUUAUUGUCAUUUUUGACUAAAUUAAUUCUAAAAUAUUUCAUUUCUUAUUUGUAUUUCUAAUUGUCAAUUAUUUCAUUUCUUAUUUGUCUUUCUAAAUAUUUCAUUUCUUAUUUGUAUUUCUUUAUCGAAUAGCUG